AUGACAAAAGAAGAAGACAAGAAACAACAUUUCGAUGCUUCAGGAGCAUCCGCUGUUGAUGAUAAAACAGCCACCGCCAUUUUAAGGAGAAAGAAGAAAGACAAUGCCUUGGUUGUUGAUGACGCCACAAAUGACGACAAUUCAGUUAUCACAAUGUCAUCUAACACAAUGGAAUUGUUGCAAUUGUUUCGUGGUGACACUGUCCUUGUUAAGGGUAAAAAGAGAAAGGAUACAGUUUUAAUUGUUCUCGCGGACGACGACAUGGAUGAUGGCGUUGCCAGAAUCAAUCGUUGUGUGCGUAAUAACUUGCGCGUCAGAUUAGGUGACAUCAUCACUGUUCAUCCAUGCCCUGAUAUCAAAUACGCCAACAGGAUUUCUGUUUUGCCAAUUGCAGACACCAUUGAAGGUAUCACGGGAUCAUUGUUUGAUCUUUAUUUGAAGCCAUAUUUCGUCGAGGCGUAUAGACCAGUCAGGAAAGGUGACUAUUUUACUGUAAGGGGUGGUAUGAGACAAGUUGAAUUCAAGGUUGUUGAGGUUGACCCAGAAGAGAUUGCAAUUGUCGCUCAAGACACCAUUAUUCAUUGUGAAGGUGAACCAAUUAAUCGUGAAGAUGAAGAAAAUAAUAUGAAUGAAGUUGGUUAUGAUGAUAUUGGUGGAUGCAAGAAACAAAUGGCUCAAAUAAGAGAAUUGGUUGAAUUGCCAUUAAGACACCCACAAUUGUUCAAAUCCAUUGGUAUUAAACCACCAAAGGGUAUUUUAAUGUACGGUCCACCAGGUACUGGUAAGACUAUCAUGGCGAGAGCUGUUGCCAACGAAACAGGUGCCUUCUUUUUCUUGAUCAAUGGUCCAGAAAUCAUGUCGAAAAUGGCUGGUGAAUCCGAAUCAAAUUUGAGAAAGGCAUUCGAGGAGGCUGAAAAGAAUUCACCAUCCAUCAUUUUCAUUGAUGAAAUUGACUCCAUUGCUCCAAAGAGAGACAAAACCAAUGGUGAAGUGGAAAGAAGAGUGGUGUCUCAAUUGUUGACUCUUAUGGAUGGUAUGAAGGCAAGAUCCAAUGUUGUUGUUAUCGCUGCCACCAAUAGACCAAACUCUAUUGACCCGGCAUUAAGAAGAUUUGGUAGAUUUGAUAGAGAAGUGGAUAUUGGAGUUCCUGAUGCCGAGGGCCGUAUGGAGAUUUUGAGAAUUCACACCAAGAAUAUGAAAUUGGCUGAUGACGUUGAUUUGGAAGCUAUUGCAGCGGAGACCCAUGGUUUCGUGGGUGCCGAUAUAGCAUCAUUAUGCUCUGAAGCAGCUAUGCAACAAAUUCGUGAAAAGAUGGACCUUAUUGAUUUGGAAGAAGAAACUAUUGAUGCCGAUGUUUUGAACUCACUUGGCGUUACUCAAGAAAACUUUAGAUUUGCCCUUGGCAACUCCAACCCAUCGGCAUUGCGUGAAACCGUUGUUGAAAACGUCAAUGUUACUUGGGACGACAUUGGUGGUUUGGACAACAUUAAGAAUGAGUUAAAAGAAACCGUUGAGUACCCAGUAUUGCAUCCUGAGCAGUAUCAAAAGUUUGGUUUGGCUCCUACCAAAGGUGUUUUGUUUUUUGGCCCACCAGGUACAGGUAAAACCUUGUUGGCUAAAGCCGUUGCCACCGAAGUGUCUGCCAACUUUAUCAGUGUCAAGGGUCCUGAGUUAUUGAGCAUGUGGUAUGGUGAGUCUGAAUCCAACAUUCGUGACAUUUUCGACAAAGCCAGAGCUGCUGCUCCUACAGUUGUGUUUUUAGAUGAAUUGGACUCCAUUGCUAAAUCGAGAGGAGGUUCCAAUGGUGAUGCUGGUGGUGCUUCGGAUAGAGUUGUUAACCAGUUAUUGACCGAAAUGGAUGGUAUGAAUGCCAAAAAGAAUGUUUUCGUCAUCGGUGCUACCAAUAGACCUGAUCAAAUUGACCCAGCAUUGUUGAGACCCGGUAGAUUGGAUCAAUUGAUUUAUGUUCCAUUGCCAGAUGAAGCGGCUAGACUUUCAAUCUUGAAGGCUCAAUUGAGAAACACUCCAUUAGAACCCGGAUUAGACUUGAACGAAAUUGCCAAGAUCACUCAUGGAUUUUCUGGUGCUGAUUUGAGCUACAUUGUGCAAAGAGCUGCCAAAUUUGCUAUUAAGGACUCAAUCGAGGCUCAAGUUAGGGCCAGCAAGGAGAAGGGAGAGGAAGAUGUUGAAAUGAAGGGAGAUGGUGCUGCUGCUGAGGAAGAAUCUGAUCCUGUUCCAUAUAUCACUACCUCACACUUUGAAGAGGCAAUGAAGACAGCAAAGAGAUCGGUCUCUGAUGCUGAACUACGUCGUUAUGAGGCAUAUGCCCUGCAGUUGAUGGCCUCGAGAGGCCAAUUUACUAACUUCAAGUUUAACCAGGGAGGUGCAUCAUUUGGCGCGGAACAACAAAAUCAAGAAGAAGAGGAUGAUUUGUACAGCUAA